CUUAGCAACCAGGCAGUGCUUUGAAUGAGAAACUGGAAUAUGAAUAGGAGAGGGACUAAACAGAAAGAUAAGAAUGCAAAGUAGCAAUUACUGCGACCCCCACUUGAAAGAUGGUGUAGAAGAGGAAGGAAAAAAGAAAAAGACCAAUUGCACAGUUGCUAAGAAUAGGCCAUUCUAUAAUAUACCAAAAGUUACCUUAAAGGUGAACCACCUCUUUAAAGCUAAUUUGUACCUACAUUUUGUAAAUGGGAAUGUAUUGCUGGGUUUGCUGGCCACUUGCCCAAGUGAAGGGAAAAAUAAUUGUGUUAAUAAAAUGUCUUUUUCUAGCCAUGCUCCGAAUGUCAGAGGGCCACGUACUUCCCGAACUAAACAAGAUGACUCAGAAAGAUAUAACAUUUGUGGCUGAUUUCCUAACGGAGCAUUUUAAUGAAUAUUUGAAGGAUGAAGAUGAUAUCCUAAUGUGGCCGCCCAACACUGAAGGGAAUCAGUGGUUUAGCUUCCUUCAGAGCAGCACACACCUCAAAGAGAGCCCACUGCUGUUUCCCUACUACCCCGAAAAGUCUUUGCACUGUGAAAAGGCAAAUGGAAGCUGUCAUUGACCACUGUUUGACUAAACCAGCAGUAAGCCUAUGUACAUUGUAUUAUUCUCCUGAUUGGUGAGAAUUAUCCCUAGCGAUGUAUAGGCUGUACAAAAUUGCCAGCGCUUAGUUUGCCUUUAAAAAUAAUUUUUACAAAAAAUGAGGUGUUAGUAUCACACUUUGGCCAAUAUAUGUAAGCUCACGUGCCACGUCAAGGCCCCUCAUUGUACGUGAGUCCUACACUGUCUAAUGACAUGUAUCACAGACUCAUUGUCAUUACACAGUGUAGGACUCACGUACAGCGUGGGUUAGACCGAACGCUGGCGAUUUCUUUCUGUGUUUUGUGUAGCAACACACCUGACUGUCAUUUCAUAUAGAACCACUUGACUGACAUGGCAGAUUGAUGGGAACAAUUGCUUUAUUAUGCUUUAUUAUGAUUGGCUAGGUUGGGAAGGAUUAUGAUGGUGCAUAGACUGGAUGUUUGAUUCAUCUUGCAUAGGUGGGUUAUGGCAGGCAUUGUUAGUGUGGUGCCUCUGGUGGAUGCAGGUUAGCAAAUGCUGCGUGUUGAUUGGCUGCUAUGGGUUCCUAGAAUUGGUACAUACUCCAUGCUUUUUAUUACAUUACAUUCCUCAAGUGCAAAUAGCAGUUAACUGUCUUUGUGUGAGGAACUCUGUACGGGAACAGCAGUCUAUAUUCCUCAUACAUUUCAAUGAGAAAAU